GUUAAAUUUUCAUUGGCUAAAAAAGUUGGAAAAUGGAAAAUUGACAAAAUAUUUAAGAUAAUGAAGACUAUUGUUUCUUGUUAACUGUGCACUCACAAUUUAAAUCUCUCAACUCUCAUUACUCAAACCAUUACAACACAACCUGCAUUCAACAGGUAAGAAAAAUAGACAGAUAAAAACAAGAAUAUUCAAUCAAGAACACUCUUUUUGCACUUAACAAAUUCAAAUUCAGAAGAAGAGAAAAAAAAUGGAGACAAAGAGUCAAUCCCAUUGUUGGUGGUUUGAUAGUUACAACUCUUCUAAGUGUUCUCCUUGGCUUGAAUCUACUCUUACAGAACUUAAUGAAAAGACAAAAACAAUGUUGAAGCUGAUUGAAGAGGAUGCAGAUUCAUUUGCACAACGAGCGGAGAUGUAUUACAAGAAAAGGCCUGAACUUAUUAGCAUGGUCGAAGACUUUUAUCGCGCACACAGAUCAUUAGCAGAACGAUAUGAUCUACUUAAGAGUGAUCGAGCUGUUCGUGUUAAGUCCGCUUUGAGUCCCUCCCUUUCUUUGCCAAACGAGGAAUGUGUGUACGUGCUUGAGUCCAUGAACUCUGUGAAAUCGUUUGAUAGUUUCACUGAGGCAACCUACAGUUACGAAGAGGUAGCUGAGUCUGAGGUAGAUGAUCCGGAACAAGAAGAGGAUGGUGCACAAAUUGAGCAGGAUGGAGAGGAGGUUGUUAAGUCGGGUGCUGAAUGUGGGGCAAGUUAUGAUGAGUUGAUGAUGUUGAGGGAAAAAUUGGAUGAAUUGAGAGAAGAGAAUGAGAUUCAAAUGAAGAUUAUAAGGCGAAUGGAGGAGGAGAAAGAGGAGCUAGUGACGCAGUUAUCGAUUAACAUCGGUGAUCUUAAGGAGCUGAGGAAAGAAAUGGAUGUUAUUUGGGAUGAUGAUUUGGUAGUUGUGGUGAAGGAAAAUAAUGAAUUCUUGGUGUCAUUUGAUGAGGUUACGAAGUUGAAGGAUGAGAUCGAGAAUAUGAAGGUUGAGAUGAUGUAUCAGAAGGAAGAAUUUAAGAAGAAAGUGGAUGAGGUAAGUUAUAUAAGGGAGAAGUUUGAAGAUGAGCAUACUAAAAAUAGGUAUUUAGAAAAUGAAAUUGUAAAACUGAGAGAAGAAAUGAGAAGAGCAAAGAUAGGUGGAGACGAAGAGAAGCAAGAAGUGAUUAGGCACUUGAAAAACGCGCUUACAGGAAAAAAUAUGGAGGAAAAAGAGGCUAUUGUGCAACAGAAUAAUGAAAUAGUCGAAAAUUUUCAAGACAGAAGCGAGGGAAAUAGGCAGCUAAUGGAUGCACAUAUAUGUGAAGAUGAGGAGAAGCAAGAAGCAAUUAGGCACUUGAAAGAUGCGCUUAUAGUUAAGGGUAUGGAGAAAAUAGAGGCUAUUGUGCAACAGAAGGAUGAAAUAGUCGAAAAACUUCAAGAAAGAAACGAGGGCAAUAGGCAACUAAUGGAUGCACAUCUAUGUGAAGAUGAGGGGAAGCAAGAAGCGAUUAGGCACUUGAAAGACGCGCUUACAGGAAAGGAUACGGAGAAAAAAGAGGCGACUGUGCAACUGAAAGAUGAAUCAAUCGUAAAAGAUAAGGAGAAAAGUGACGCGAUUAGGCAGCUAAUGGAAGAACUAGCGGAAAAAGAUAUGGAAAUAAGGCAAGUAAGUGUAGCUAUGGAGAAUAAAAUGAUGAACGCUCUUGCGGAGAAAGAUGAAGAGAAACGCGAGGCGAUUAGACAGUUAAGUGCAGCCAUGGAGUUACUUAGGGAGGAGAGUAAGUUUCUUAAGAAGUCAUUAGUGAGUAUUUCACCUAAGAAAAGCACUAGACCUGAUUUUCAUAUGUUUAAGGCUGUGAAUUUUGGUAAAUUAUUUAAAUUUACAUCUAGUAACCAGACUAAUAUCGUAGCUCUAUAAAGGUAAAAACAGACAUUCUUGAACAUAUUAGUAUUUCUAGAACACAGUUUUGUUUCUGCGGACAUAGAUGGUCUGAAAUCUAAGUUGUAUAAUUUAUCCUAAAAGUAUACAAAAAUAUAGUAUAAUUUGUCAUGGUAUUCUGUAUAUUACUGCAGUCUGUAUUGCAUGCUGAUUUGUGUUA